UAUGUACUGUCUAUGGUUUACGUAUAAAUAAUAUUACCCCAAUUCCUAUUUUGUAGAUUAGAAAGAAGUCACACUUUUUUAACUACGUUGUAUUUCAUAAUUGCCUUAAUAAAAACAUUUUAAAUAAUUCAUUCACUAUGCCACAGGGAAAAUUUAAAAAUAAAUCACAAGUUUCAUUUACAAAGAAAAAGAAGCACGAAACAAAUAAAAGUAGAAAAGCAUGCCCAAUGCCUUCAAAAAAACACAAGUAUGAAGAAGGUCAACGUAUCAAACGCAUGAUCAGUAAAAAUGUUAACAAAUUGGCUGAAGAUGAAUUAAGAGCAUUGGCUUCGGAUAACAAGAAAGUAUUUUUAUCAAAGAAGAAAAAACAAAUCGCACAAACAGUUGCAACCCCAGCCACCAAACCUAAACCAGUUAAAGUUACGCCAAAAUAAAUGUAUAAUAUGUAUAGUAUAAUUUAAUAUGAAUAUAAUUAAGAAACCAAUUCAAUUUUGCAAUCUUCGUCAAUAUUUCCUUCAUUUUUUGUGAAGUUAAUUAGUGUAUUUAUUGAACAUUAAAAUACAUUAAAUUAUUGUUGAAA